GGCGGCGGCGGAGGCGGCGGAGGCUCGUCAUCUUCAGAUUCUAAGGCGGAUACUACGCCCGAUGCUGGAUUCGAUUACCCUGUCAAUCCUGUUCCCCACCCAGCACCGGCGCCUACAAGGAGAACAACAAAGUCCUCCUCAGCAACGACGACAAGUACGACUCCAACGACAACGACGACAAGUACGACGACAACGACGACAACGACAACAACGACUACAACAACGACGACUACAACAACGACGACUACAACAACGACGACUACAACAACGACGACUACAACAACGACUACAACAACAACGACUACAACCCGGCUGCCACGUCCAAUCUUUCGGUUGGAUGACCAUUCUUUGAUCUGCAUAAUGUCGAGUCUAACGGAGGCAGGAUCUCAGUUUCCCCAGGACGGCGUCUGUGACAUGGUGUAUCUCGAUACGGACAUCGUAGACGCAACAAAGAAUCGAGGAUUACUGGAGAGGUUGUACAAGGAGUCUCGAGGGAAACCAAACACCCUCUACGGUUUGUUCUUCGCUUCAGACACAGUCCGCUAUGAGGAUUCCGCCGGGAUUAUCGGAAACGAUACCGUGAAGGCCCUUCUGCGUACGGGGUGGGAAAGCUGGGUUCGCCAUUAUGGAGCCAACCUCAUAAUGAUAGCAAAAUACACUCAGGCCGAAACCGGACGCGCCAAAUCCUGGCUGCAAGGCAUGAACGACAUAACGAAAGAUUUCAACAACGCUGUCCCAGAAUACUCCGUGUACCCCAGUUACCUAGUGGUAAUGGUGAACCCAUAUUUCAAGAGUGGUGUAGAUGACGUUCAAGAGUGGAAUGAGGUCAUACAGACAUUACUCAAUACCGGCCUCGUAGACGGACUCGUGCUCAGCCCCGCCACACAUAUUGCCGUGCAAAGUGGAGGAAAGCACCUCGUAACUUCAGUGGCGCCUUGGAGUACCGAACCCACCAUCAGGUGCCCAAAUUAUGAAGGCGUACUGACUCUUCUCGCGAGCUUGAACAUGCCACCCGUGAAACCUUACACUUUCCUCACAUUUGUUGCAAGGGCGUCACAGUUUUCAUCGGCCACUAACAUUCCAUUCACGGCAGACACCAGAGACGGCGCAAAGUCAAAAUGGCGGUUCGAUUACACUCGAAGUGUGGCGUGCUAUUACUACCAGUCUGCCGGUACGUCAUCUCGUGUGGAUAACGAAACAGUGUCGACGUACUUUCAAAGAUUGAACGAUACGGCGCUGUAUACAAUCGACACGCCUCAAAAUUUCGCAUCUAAGGCGUGCCUGGCUGCCCAACGACACCAGUUCCAAGGAGGAUACAGCGUCUUUAACGCCGAGUACGCUGCUGCUGAGCGUUGUAACCCAAUCAAGUUGGAGAACGGCACCGUGAUAAAAGGCAAAUAUGCCAACGUGCACUACAUUAGGACUCUGAGAACUAGAACGUUCGGAGGAGCAGACUGUGCUCAAGUUCCCGUUUGACCCACGUGGUUGCGGAUAUGUCUCUGUGAGCGCUAGAGAACUGUGUCACGAAAGCGCCAUUUGUUGCACUUUCGAUAUUAUUGCACAGUUUCAAUAAAAAAAAAUCGCCAUAUCGCGUUGA